AGUAGACUGUCCCUAGACAGAUGUGUUUCGCAAUAACAUGUGACGUGUUUAAUUCAUUUCCUCGUUCAUAUUGCACAACACAAUCACCAUAUGAAUCGUCAAUCGAUGAAAUUCCACCGAGUGCAUAAUUGCAUGAGGAAAAAUAGUGUAUGCACGAGGAACACUAGGAAACGCUUCCCCGUAUAUUUAGAAUAGAAUAAACGCCGGUUUCAGGCCCUGACAUUCCAUUCGCAUCGUUACUGUCCAUGAAGUUCUCCAAAUACGGCCGGAAUAAAUACAGAAGGGAAUGCUGGGAUAAUAGAGUUGAGAACCAUUGGUGGAUCGUAUCAAAUGGCCUUGGAAAAGUAAUAUAUGCACAUUCGUGGAUUUCAAGUUUGGCAGAGGAGUCAACAAAAGUUUAUAUUUUUUUUUAAUUGUCACGCUCUUCCUCGGCAUUCUCGUACCUGUGAAACAUGUGACAUUGGAAAUGUCAGGGCGUUACCCGAAAAUUUUUACCUCGUUGACGUGUGCAUCGUUGACGUCGCACUCCCUGGGAUAAGAAUCCCAGGGAGUGCGUGGGCAGCCUUAUGUGCAUGCUCAGGGACUAUGGGGUAGAUUGACCAUCGAUUAUUCACUUCCCCUGGCUCUGAACUGCAGCGCAAAAAUAAAGUGCAACCAGCGGUUUCUAGACAGUAAAGAAACCAGCAGAGAUAAAUCCCGUGACGCGGUACAUUAACACGAAUUGUCAAGUAAUUAAUUGCCAUGGAAAACAAACAAGCGCCACCACCAGGAUUCGUUCCACCUCCGCCAUAUACAGCUGGACCACCACACGCCGCUGCGCCUGCACCAGUCAUAAUGGUUCAGCACGUCGCUCUAGGCCCCGAGUCCCAAAGGAUGGCAUGUCCUCAUUGUCAUGCUGACAUUUCCACGCGAGUCGAGAGCGAGUCGAAUACUAAAACUCAUUUGUUCGCACUUCUUCUCUGUUUAAUUGGAUGUUGGCCAUGUGCUCCAUGUCCCUAUUGCAUGGACUCUUGCCUCGCCAAGAAACAUUACUGCCCGGCCUGCAAUUCCUACAUCGGCCAGCAUGAGAAUUAAUAAAAACACUCCAAAAAACGAAGUAACAAAAUACCAGAAGAAUGCAACAGAAUUUAUAAAAGUGUAUUUACAUUAAGUUUAUGUACGAAUUGUUGUACCUUCGUACUUGAUAUACCCUCGCCAGUGUACAGCGUUUUUUCAAAAUGAUAUACUUUUUAUAAUUUGCUUUACAUUUUUUCCAUCACCACAAAAUGAUAAAAAAGCAAACACAAUGCUUAAAAUAUGCUCGGGAUUAUUGUCCUUGAUAUCUAGAUGUGAUUCUUGAAUUAAAUUUUUUCAAAGUAUUUCGUAAAUAAUGGUAUGGAACUACAAGGAUUUUGUGAUUGCAGCAAGUGCACUCUAGUGAUUGGAAAGAAUAUAAAAUUAAUCGUAUAAAAGAAGAUGAAGAUUACUCCUGUUCGAGAUAUGAAGAAUUAUUUAUCGCAUUUUUUGACAAUUUACUUUUUACAGAUGAUUGUAUUGGAGAGUAUUCUAUUCCAACUUCCACGAUAAAUCGGUGUACUGAAAAAGUGGCGUGUUGCAUUGGUAGUUCAGAGAUAAAUGUGAAAACGUUGAUAAUUGUACAGCAGGAUGAAGAGUAAUAAAUGAUCGUGAAACGAGUGAAUAUUACUCAGGGCCAUCUUUGCAUUGUGCUUUCGUCUUGUAUAACUGAUUAAUGUCGCUAUUUUUAUUGUAAAGUUCAUGUUUUUCUCGCAAUGGAAUUAUCAGGAUUGCCUUAUUGAGAAUCGUGAUGGUAUUUUACGUUUGUAACAGUUGGCUGAAAGGAAAUAAAAAAUUAUUUUCUAGAUAA